GCGACAAUUGGGGCACCACCUUUCACUCCUCCCUUCAUCCCCUCGUCUCUCUUCCGCUCUACCUUUACUGCUCUCCACCUUGUCCUCCUCCUCCCUUUCUAUCCCUCCGCCUUCUUCACCUCCAUUUACUCCUCUCCCUCUCAUUUGCCCCCCUUGACACCGGAUACGCACCAUUGCUCUCCAUCCUUUCAUCAGCUCGCCACAUCCUACCCACCGCGCCGACAGAUUUCGACGCAGCAGUGUUGCAACUUUAGAGCGUGUCCGCAUCGCAGCACACGACUCACUACCACUCCACCAACGUGGGACUCCUCUCAUUGAGCCUUUCCUCCUUCUUCUGAGUCUCCACUGACCACUCGUCACAAUGGACGUCGUCCUACAUCUCGCAGACGAGUACAUCCUUGACAGCGUCUGGGCCUUCCUUUGGCCCGCGCAUCCUCGGGGCGUGUCGCCUCUCGCAAAGGCCGCCACACCUUCACAGUCGGCCAUUGCCAAUCUCAGUUCUCACUUCGCCGGCUGGGCUGGCAGCAGUAGCAAUGCCCUCUUCGGUGGCAGGCAGUGGGAGUCGGUGGCUGGCAAGACUGUCAGUGCCCUUCCUCGGGAUAGUAUGAUCAGGCAAAUGAUCUCCCUCUCGGCCAUCACCUACGUCGGCAUCUUCGCCCUCUACUUUGGCUUUGCCGGCUUCUCAUACUUUUGCUUCUUCAACCACGACAUGAAGCGUCACCCACGAUUCCUCAAGAACCAAGUGCGUUUGGAGAUCGAGUCUUCCCUCGCAGCAUUUACACCCCUGACAUUCAUGACGCUGCCAUGGUUUGUGGCAGAGGUCAGGGGCUACUCGAAGUUGUACGAAAAGGUUUCAGACAUGGGUCUGCUAUACACAAUCUUGUCGGUGCCCUUCUUCCUCGUCUUCACCGACGCGUGCAUCUACUGGGUGCAUAGGCUGGAGCACCACCCCAAGCUGUACAAGCACAUCCACAAGCCACACCACAAGUGGCUGGUGCCCACACCAUUCGCCUCGCACGCCUUCCACCCCGUGGAUGGAUACAUGCAGUCGCUGCCGUACCACAUCUUCGUAUUCCUCUUCCCCCUGCACCGCUUCGUCUACAUGGGCCUCUUUGUCUUUGUCAACUGCUGGUCCAUCUUGAUCCACGACUCGGACGUCAUCGUCAAUUCGCCACUAGAGACGAUCAUCAAUGGUCCCUCGCACCACACACUACACCACCUCUACUUCAAUGUCAACUACGGACAGUACUUUACCGGAUGCGACAGGUUAGGUGGCUCUUAUCGUCAGCCAAAGUCUAGCGAUGACCCUUUGCUGGACGUGUCGCAUGGAGAGGAUGAGGAUGUGGCAGUGGUCAAGGCGGCCAAGAGUGGUGUCAAGGCAAAGGGAAUCAAGAGCGAGUAGACAAAUAUUCGGGAAAUACGUAAGGAAAUCAAACCAGAGACACCUCACCCCUACUGCGAUGCGAGGUGUAAUCAGCCCUAGAAGCGCAGGCGGGACACACAACACAUCAUCAAGAGAAGAAUCACCCAUCACGUAUACCAUCACGAAGCAUCACUUUCGUCGCUCCUGCCGCUCUUCAGACUUUUUCAUCUUCAUCAACCCACGGACGUGUUUGUAUUCGUCCAAGUUGGGCGCAAGUUCGAC